AUGCGGUUGCGACUGACAAUUCCCUGGGCUGGGAAUGUCAGCGAUUUGGAGCUCUACCUUCACGAAAGUGCCCUGAGGGUGUUGCCGCGCAGCUUGGAAACAGAGGUGCCGGAGUGCAGCCUGGUGGGUGAUGGUGACUUCGAAGUGGAAGUGUCAGAGGGCGGCAUCCAAAUUCAGUUGACCCACAGGGCCACCUCGACGCGGCCUGCGCGCUUUUGCCACCCCAAAGGGCGGUCUGCACAGCUGAAAGUGUACCUGCAGCUGGGAGAGGUGGCUAUGGCACCCAAGAAAGUCUGCGAGGUGCUCCUUCCCAUGGCAGCUCCUGAAGGGCACUUGCAGCUGCAGGCACUGCCCUUUGGGCUUCAAGGUCCUGUGGGCUCCCACAUUUGGCCGUGUGCCCAGCUCUGCGCGGCCUACCUUCGCCGCCGCUUUGCCUACGGUGAGGCCUGGGCUGCACGUACAUUGGAUUUGGGCAGCGGCUGUGGGGUUAGUGGCUUGGUGGCCGCCGCACAUGGCGCAAAGGUGACCUUCUCUGACUGUGACCCUCGGGUUUUGCCGCUCUUACGCAAGAAUUCUUCGGACUUCGCACGGCGGCAAGGGCUUGGUACCCAGUCGGUGCUGCGUUUUGACUUCACCAGCGAGCAGGAGACCCAAGACUUGGCGGCUGAAGGCCUUUUCGAUUUGAUUUUGGCAUCUGAUGUGCUUUACGACCACCGCCUGGUGAAGCCGUUGUGUCGAGCGUUAGCUGCGCUGCUGAAGCGAACCGGCGAGGCGGCCCUCUCAGUGGAGUUGCGUCCGUGUGGAGUGGAUCUCCGGGCAGCGGUUGAGAUGGAAGCACAAAACCACGGGCUGAACGUGACGGAUGUCACAGACAUGCUGAAGAUUUGGGUGACGCCCAUGCCUCCAGAACUUCAAGUACCUCCACUGGAAGAAAGGCAUCGGAUGUUCGUGGCUAAGUGGGCUAAGGAUGGGGCAGCUGCUACACGCGAGAUCAAUGAGAAAAAGGUGAAGUCGCAACAGCCGUGGAACAUGUUGGAGAAGAGGCGUGGUACAAGCGUUCGCUCCAGUUUUGGUCCAAGCAGGAGGCAUCCGAUGCUGGAGUCCUGGCUGGUCACGUGGAGACAUCUCCGCUGGACCUGCGUGAGUCUGCGGCGUUUUUGGACCUGGUGGGUGAGAAUCGACCAUUUUACACUGCGCUGGAUUGCGGAGCUGGUGUGGGCCGCAUAA